AUGGCCUCCGAAGCAGUCACGGUCGAUCUCAAUGGUGGCACCAAGUCCCGGGCUGCUAUGUUGGAAGAGCAGCACGCUCGCGAUGAGGCGCACAAGGUGACCGUGGAGGAUGUCCCGGAUGAGGAAGAUCUCAAGCACCCUCCUCCGUCCUCGGUGGUCGAGGCUUCCGACUCCGCUGCGUCCUCCCAGGCUCCCACUCCCUCUGUUCCCAAGGCUGCUCCAAAGAAAGCUCCCGCCUUCGAUGUGCAGUCCGAGGAAUUGUUCCCCGCUCUCGGAAGUGGACCGAAGCCCAAGACCCCCGCCGUCUCCGCUUGGGGCGCUCGGGGUCCUUCCGCUGCUGCUGUCGCCAAUGGCGCCAGUGGCGUGCAAGCAGCUUCUGAUGUCCCGAGGAUCAUGAGUCUGCCCGGAAAGCACAUGGAACAGCUUCGGCUGGCACCAUCCCAGAUGCUUCCCCGCGGCCAGCUGAAGAAGCCCCUGCGCGACAUUUUGCGCGACAUUUCUCGACGUUCCAAAGCCAAUGUCGACAUGCGCGGUGGACCGGGAGGCUCGAUUAUCUUCGAGGGUAAAGGUUCCGCGGAUGCUGUCAGACAGGCGCUCAAAGAAGUCGCACAGCAGGUCGGAUCUAAGCAAUCCGUCCGUGUCCCUAUCCCCACGUCCGCUCGCCCUCACAUUAUUGGCCGUCAAGGCGCUGUCGUUCAAGACAUUCAGCAACGGACAGGAGCGCGUGUCCAGGUUCCCCGUGCUGAGGAGUCUGCUCCCGGAGAUGACUUCGAUGACGAUGAUACCAUUGACGUGUUGAUUGAGGGUGAUGCCGUUGCCGCGGAGAUGGCUCGUCGCGAAAUCGAGGCCAUUGUUCGGGAGAGAGCUUCCAACAUGAGCUUGCGACUGAAAACCAUUCCCCCGGAGUUCUUCCCCUUCAUUGCAGGUGCUCACAACGCGCAGCUCAAGGAAAUUGAGGAGCGCACAAAGGCACAAGUGCAUGUGCCGCGGUACGACACAUGGCAGAGCCAGCCUCCUCCUCAGGAGGCUGACCCUGGCCAUGUUCAAUUUGUUCCUGCUCCGGAAAGACACAUUCACAUCGCUGGUGAGCGCAUUGCGGCCCAGGAAGCUCGCGCCGAGAUUGAGCGUCUUGCCGCCGAUCUUCAGCGCCAGCUGACCUUGCGCCAACUCGCCAUCAACCGCGGCCAGCACCAAUUCAUCCUCGGUGAAAAUGCUGAUGCUCUACACGAUUUCCUUGCCGAUACUGGCUGUGCCAUCGUUCUGCCUCCUGAUUCCGAUGACAGCGAGUUUCUUACCAUCACUGGACCUGUCGACUGCAUCGAGAAUGGUAUCAACCGGGCCAUGGAUCUCGCGACGAGCAUGCAAAUGGCCAGCAUUGACCUCUCUCGCCAACACCCCAACGCUCCUGCUGGACCUCAUGCCCAUGCCCGUGCCCUCACUCGCUACCUCAGACAGCGCCAGAUUAUCAAGGAGUUGGAGAGCCUCUAUGACGCUCGCAUUGCGCUGCCGCCCAGUUCCGACGGUCCGGUCACCUGGGAGGUUUACUCUCGGGACGGAAAGAACACCAUCCGUGCACGCUCUGAUAUCAUGAAUCUCGUUCAGGCACACCCUCCGACCAGAAUCCGUGCCGUUAAUGUUGACCCUUAUUACCACCCGUACUUGGAGUCCCGCACUAUCCCCAAGCUGCAAAACGAUUAUGGUGUCCACCUUUUGGUGCCUGAGGAUAUUGAUAGCUCGGACGUGUUCAUGGUUUACGAGGGCCCCUCGGCUAACGCUGGCCAAUUCGAGAUCCCGAGACAAAGGCCUUCUCCUGCAGAAGUGGCCACCUUUGAGAAGGUCCUCCAGGAAGCCCAGGACUAUCUCCUGAGCACUCUUGGUGACCAGAAGGAAGUCGUGGCGAAGUGUAUUAGCGUUCCCAGCAAGUACCAGGAUAAAGUUCGGAAGUUUAUUGCCCGUGAACAGCAGAACAAGGGCGAGGAUGAGAUCCCCGUCCGCGCUAUCGUUGGUGAAGGACAGAACCGGAACGAGGCCGAGGUAGCCCUUCGUGGUCCCUCCCGCCUUGUGGAAGACCUGAUCUCCAAGAUCCAGGAAUUCGUUGUAGAGCAGGAGAAGGAUGACCUUGAGAGAGGGUACACUACGACCUUUGACUUCCCCCAGAAGUUCGCCAACUUCCUCAUUGGCAAGAAGGGCGAGAACAUCAAUAAGCUUCGUGAGGAGUUCGAUGUGGACAUCAAGGUCGAGAACGGCAAGGUUGAGGUCAAGGGCCCCAAGGCUAAGGCUGAUGCUGCCAAGACCCGGAUCAUCAACCUCGGGAAGAAAUUGGAAGAUGAGACCACUCACACUCUCAAGGUCCCCGCUCAGUACCACCGUGAGUUGAUUGGUCAGAAGGGGAGCCAGGUCAACAGACUCCAGGACCGCUACGCCGUUCGUGUCCAGUUCCCCAGAGCUGCCAGUGAAGACCAGGAGACUUCCAGCGAAGCGGGUGGUUCUCGCCCCAACCGGUCUCAGCAGGCUGCGGACGAGGUCAUUAUCAAGGGUCCCAGCAAGGGUGCUGACUCGGCACGGGAUGAGAUCCUGAGCCUGCUGCAAUGGGUCGUCGAUCAUUCCCACACUGCGACUGUGUCUGUGGCUCAGGCCCAGAUCCCCUCGCUGAUCGGCCAGCGCGGUCGUGAGAUGGACAAGCUCCGUGCCGACACUGGUGCCCAGAUUGAUGUUCCUGGCGUCAACGACGCUCCGGAUGAGUCGGGCCGCGUGCAGAUCAAGAUCCGUGGUACCAAGCAGCAGGUCGAAGAGGCCAAGAAGAUCUUGCUUCAACGGUCCGGCGAAUUCGAUUCCAUCGUCACCAAGACUAUCGACGUGGACAAGAAGUACCACAAGUCCCUCAUCGGCAGUGGCGGUGCGAACAUCCGUAAGAUUGUCGCUGACGCUGGCGGUCCUACCGAUGGCAGUGCUUCUCGGCUUGUCAAGUUCCCCCGCCCCGAGAGCACUGAAUCGACCAUCAAGCUGGAAGGAAACGGACAGGUUGUCGACAAGAUCGUUGCUGCUAUCGAGGAGUUCGUCCAGGAGCGUGCGGAUCAGGUGACCGAGACCCUUGAUGUUCCCACCAUCCAACACCGUCUCCUCAUCGGCCGUGGUGGUGAUACCAGACGCAACAUCGAAUCGAAGUUCAACAUCACUUUGGACAUCCCCAAGCAGGGUUCUGGCCGUACCGAGAUCAAGCUCAAGGGUCCCAGCCAGGCUGUCGCCGAUGCGAAGGAGCACAUUAGCGGCAUGCUCAAGGACCAGCAGGGCGAGACGGUCGAAGUCCCCCGCCACCUGCACCAUGUGAUUGCCGAUAACGGCUCGUUCUUCCGUCGCCUCCGCAACGAUUACCGGGUCACCGUCGACCACGCUGGCCAGCAGGUGCCUCCCAAGCCUGUCUCGGAGGACUCUCGCGGCGAGGUCAACGGAUCCUCGUCGCUGCCCCUUAUCACGGAUGAGCCCAGCGACGCCGCUGAGGUCCACUCGUGGAAGAUCGUCGACAACAGCCCCGCGCCCGCCGACCCCUCCGAGCCUGCUACCAUCCCUUGGGUGCUGGCCGGUACCAGCGACAACGUCGCCAAGGCUAAGGCGGCCCUGGAGAAGGCGAUCGCCAAUGGCUCGCAGCAGUCGGCCACGGGCUACCUGAUCCUGCCGGACCCCAAGACCUACCGAUUCGUCGUCGGCCAGGGCGGCAGCCAGAUCAACGCGAUCCGCAAGCAAACGGGAUGCCGGAUCAACGUGCCCAAGGGCCAAGCCAAGGGCGAGGCGAUCGAGAUCAAGGGCAGCAAGGAAGGUCUGGAAGAAGCCAAGGACAUGAUCCUGGAGGCCGUCCGCGCCGGAACCAGCGGUAACUCCCGGUAG